AUGAGUGGCCAGGACAGCACUGUUAUUGGGGUCGUGAUCAUCGCGAGGCAUGGCGAUCGUCUGGAGUUCUACCAGGAUCCUGACACCUACGCCGUGACUGCGACAGACAUCACUCCCCUCGGUGAGCAACAAGAGUGGCAGCUCGGCAACCUGCUCCGCUCCAUUUACCUCAACGAGUCCUCUCCAUCGUUCAUCCAAGGGAUCGCUCCCUCCUCCUCGACGUUCAAUGUUGACCAGGUCGAAGUGUAUGCUGACAACAGCGGUAUCGACAGCGUCAUCAUGGACAGCUGUGCUGCGUUAGUGCAAGGGAUGUGGCAGGCUACCCCUCAGCAGAACAUCUCACUAGCGAAUGGGACAACUAUCACGAGUCCCCUUGGGGGUUACCAAUACGUGCCAAUCAACUCGGUCCAACCAAGCACGGAUGUAUCAUUAGAAGGGACAACUGAUUGUAAUACUCUCGACACACGCACAGAAGCGUUCUAUAACUCAAGCAUGUUCGCUCAAAAGGCCCAAGAAGCUGAGCCUUUCCUAUCUCAGCUUCAGCCAUAUGUUGGUGGUCGACCGGUUGAGCUGUCGAACAUGUGGAAUAUUUUCGAUUACAUGAACGUGCAGUCGAUCCACAAUGCCACGUUCCUGGCCAAUCUGCCCCCCACAUUCCUCGCUCAGGCGCGCGACCUGUGCAACUGGCAUGAGUACAAUGUCUUCUCGGACCCAUCAUUCACAGGAGUUGGAAACAUCGCUUUCCAAACCAUGCUCCCCGGCAUCCUGAACUCCAUCGAUAGCAUCACCAAUUCAUCCACUGGGCUCAAAAUGACCUAUUAUGCAGUCGCAUACAAGCCAUUCCUGAGCAUGUUCAACAUGACCGGUGUUGUCAACGCGGGCGAACUGCCUGGCGCGCUCAUCGACUACGCGUCUGCUGCUGUCUUCGAGAUCCGCCAAUCAUCCCCAACGUCCGAGCCCGUCAUUCGGUUUCAGUUCAAGAACGGCACCCAAGACGCCGGGUUCACGACGUACCCACUCGUCUUCGCCGACUGGAACGGCACUGGUGGCGAGGACGUCCCCGUAUCGACGUUCGCCGCUGCGUUCGGCAAGGCGGCGGUGAAUACAACGCUGGACUGGUGCAACGUGUGUGGGCAGACGACUGAGCGUGGCUGCGCAACUGCACUCGCGGCGGCUGCGUACACCUCUGGCGCGGGCUCGAGUAGCAAGCACCAGCUGAUCACGCCCGUCGGCGCUGGGUUCUUGGGUGCGGGUCUGACGGCCGCCGUGUUCCUCAUGGCGCUUGGCGCACUAAUGUUCUUGGGUGUGCUGACGGCGGGCAUGGGAAAGUUCCGCAAGAGGCAAUCACACGCGGCCAGCGUCGAGGGCGGUACGAGGAAGAUGCGGGGGGACGAGCUGGAGCUUCACUCGGAGGCCAACUCGUACGCGGCACCGUCUUUGACCCAUACGUAG